AUGCCUGCAGAGCCUAUAGAAUAUGCCUUAGACUGGGAGCAGGUAGAUGGCAUUCUCCACUAUCUUGAUUCCCUAGAAUCUGUUGUCAACCCUCGCAGUGAGGAUGUUAGUGCCAAUAUUCAGAAUUUCGGCGUCUUCCGCGUUCAGCAAAGUAUCCCUUCUGGUGUUCAUGAUCUCAAUGUCACAGCUCCUUGCACAACUGAACUCUGCCAGCCCGAUGAUGGCUACGAUAUAAUUUUCGAUCCGGAAUCUGUCUCCAUAGAGUCAGAGCCAUGGAAUGAUAAUUCUGAAGCAGGGGCAGCAUGGAGCCUAUGUAAUCUUCAUGGGCAACCGUUGGCAUUGGAUUUCACUCAGCAACAAGAACUGGCCCCUGCUGUUGUCACAGUACCGUCGGGCAAUGUUUCAAACUCUCCAGCUUAUGCACGUCAUGCCGUACAAGCACAACCUCUCGAGCCAGAGGAGCUGAUUCCGCGGCAGAGGACUGAGAGUAUCCCCUCAAACAAAUCGCAUCAUGUUUCUUCCCCUCUGACAAAUACACUCGAGAGCCUGGUCGUUCCAUCCCAGGAGCGACUCCUCAUGAGACACUACAGCCACCGAGUGGUCAACCUAUUCUGUGUAAUUGACAAUUCCAAAAGUCCCUGGAAGACAAUUCACUUGCCCCGUGUCUUGCAAUCUGCCGGUGAAUUAAGCUUUGGAUGCACCACAACGCGAAUCCGCGACGCAUUAAAAAAUUCGUUGCUUUCCAUAAGCGCAUUUUGUCUAUCCAAUGAUCAUAGAUCUCAUCGCCGAGAAGGUGAAGCUAAGAGUUGGGGCACAAUCGCUUCGCGAUAUCGUUGUGAUGCCAUUGGACUUCUCAAAUACGCUGUCGAAACCGAUCUCUAUGCCGACAAGAGACCAAAGUACAAGGAGUUUCUUGCCACUAUGCUUUCUAUGAUUACAAUUAAUGUUAUGUCUGGAGAUACAAGUACAUGUAGUGUGCAUUUGGAUGGAGCCGAAAGGCUUAUAAGCCAUAUGAAUACUCGAAAGGCCACUUUCUCCCGCAAGGCUCAAUCACUCCAUCGGAUCUAUCUUUACCUGCGCGUGAUCUACGAAAGUACCGCUGUGAGAAGAUCGAAAAGCGGAAUGUCCAGGUUUUCGCCAUCACUUGGCUCACAAAGAACGUUCGGUCCGCAACCUGUGUUUCCCAAGCAGCACCUCUUCAUCGAGGACGAUGAAUCACCUUCGUCCAUGAUUGCCAUGGGAGCAGAUAUGAUGACGGGCGAGAGAAACUUAUUAGAGAUGUCGGCAUAUGAAUGUAUAUACGGUAUACCGCAGAGUCUUCUGAUUCUCUUGAAGGAAUCCAUCGAGGUCAUCGACGAGGUGAAUCACCAUCGCAUGAAUACAGAAGACACAUCUAUCCCAGAAAGUCUGAAUCAAAUCUGUGAUGACCUUGAACAAAAGAUCAUGGAUUGGCCACUCGAUGAGCGUCUUCAUCGUUACGAAGCGUCCACAAAUGGCAUCAGUGCCACCAUCAUCUACCACCAGACCAGCGCAUUUCUCAAUGCUCUCGUCAUCUAUUUCUCGCAGAGUGUGAGAUUGAUGAGCCAUCGGUAUCUCCGCCAAUAUGUCCAGGCUGUUCUAGAUAGCAUCGAAGCCAUUGAACAGCUCAAAGCGGAGACCAAAAUACUUGCUGCUCCCCUUUUCUGGCCGGCAUUUAUGGGUGCUACCGAGGCUUUUGAGCCUAGACAUCAAGAACGCUUUAGGUUGUGGUACGAGCGAGUAGAAGUAUAUGGAAUUGAGGCCGUGAGGACAGGUAUACAAGUUGUGCACGAAGUUUGGAGACAGGGACCAACAACAAAUCGGCAAAUGCAUUCUGGCUGGCGCAGCGUCGUGGAACGGACGGGAGAUCAUCUCAUGUUAACUUAA